AUGGCAUUGUCCCUUACAUCAUUGGAACCAAGAGAACUAACUGGAGGAGAAUCGAAUUUAUCGGGUGCGAAAAUUUUAUUUAAUUCGAAAUCGGCAAUAAUCUCCGGAAACUACUUACAACAAGAGAAAGCGGGAGCCCUUGUUGAGGAAUCAGUCUCAAGAUUUAAUUCUAAACCUGUGAUUGGUUCCAUCCUAUUGGUAAUAGAUGAUAUUAAUAGAUUUAAGGAUACCAAGUAUCUGUUUACGGAAUUUGUCGACAAAAAUGAAUGCAUUAAGAACGAAUUGCUUAGACAAAAAUUUCAACAAUAUCUGAUAAAAAGCAUUAAGGAACCUAACAAUGGUAGAACUAUUGAUGAACUUGCAGAUGUUUUGGGGGGCAGAAAUCUGGAAAUUACGGACGCACCAAAUAAAUCCAAUUCAAUACGUCGAAAACAAUCAGUAUUUGAUACCGCCGAUAGAUUAGAUGAGGUUCUGAAGAACACACUCAAUCAUCUUAGUAUAAAGCCCCUCGAGCCUGGACAGAAAAUUAAAUUUCGCGUAUAUUUUGGUCGCCAAACAUUCUUCGGAGUUAACCCGCAAGCGAUUCUCAGCGUGAACGAUUUCCGCAAAUUUUCAGAAUAUAUCAGCACCACAUUCGUUCAUAGUUUGCCAAAGACUCAUGAGAAUUUAGAAAAGAUUUGUGAAAGGUUUGAGUUAAAGCCGGAUGAUCCUAAUGAAGAGAAUGAAAGUAUUAGUAUCACUUUACUGGAGAAUGAUCAAAGAAAGAAGAUAAAGCUGUGUCGGAGUAAAGAAGACGGUUCAUGGGAAAUAGAGAAAGUUGUGAAAAACAUAAAACGUGUUGCCAUAAUUAGUGUUAUAUCUGGAUCCGAAAUACCUGACUUGCGGUUUAUGGUGAAGACAAAACGCGACAUAUACAUCAGUCCAAAAUUAAAGAAUAUUAUUAAAGACUUGCAAACCGAAAGGCCAGUCCCAGACGAGAAUGGCUUGCGGUUUAAAUUAUCUGAUUUCGAGGGAAAACUCGACGGUGUUAUUCACGUUAGGCAGAAGAUUAACAAGAAUUCUUAUAGCAACGACAAAUUUAAAAUCACCAAGGUCACGGAAAUCAGUGAAAUGAAAGGAAAAGAUCAAAUCAAGACCGAUUAUAAUGUCUCAUUAAAAAAUCUUCGCUGGCGAAAAGAUAAUCAAGAAGCGACCAAGGUGGGCUUCGACAACGAUGUGGAAUCGAUUCGUGAAACUAUUGAAUUUGCCAGGGAGAUUGCAAAGUCUGUUAUUAACACCUAG